UACUUCGCAAAUAAUAGUAUAGAUUUUUCUAGCUAUCUCGUCGGAACUGAGCCUUCUAUAGAUCAUCAGCUAAUGGGAUGAUCGGGCCACUGUCCGGGCCGAAUUAGUGGGUCAGAGUAUUGGAGCCUGGCUCUGAUACCCUGAUAAGUUUACUGAGUUUCCAACUUAAAACCAAUUGGCAAUUAGUAGAUUAACCCAAAUCUUUUAUAUAUUACUCAAGUUCCUUUCAUAUUUUUGAUGUAGGAUAUUUUUUCAAUAGUAAUGACGACCAAUUGUGGUCAUCUCUGAAGCUGAAAUAAUUUUCUUUCAUUUGACUCACUAGUUGUAAAACCUAUAACCCAAAAGUUUGAUCUUUGCCUUUGGACUCGUGUGUUCAUUAUAUUCUACUUUUGAUUAGUUUGUGAGGACAUUGAAAUAGGAGAUGCCGCGAGGUGAAAUACCGAUUGCCGUCAUCGUCGUCACCAUUUCUUAUCACCUCAUCACAAUGUCUAUUCUCUUUUCCACCUACUUGGCCAACAACAAAUUUCCUGUUUCUGUGCAUCUUUUCCUUCGCUGCCGUCAGAUUCACUUAUCCUCCAUCACUACCAGUUACUAAACUUUAAUCGGAGAAUGAUGCUUUUUUUUAUUCUCUAUUCUACAUUAUACAUAUAUAUUAGAAAUGAAACGUUAUAUGUACUGUUUUUGUUAUCAUUCCACAUGUAGCACUGACAUCAACACCACCACCACAAGUUAUUUCAUUGCCGUCACAAGCUUCUCUCCAUCACCGUUGCCCCUCAUAGCUCCUCACCUUCGGCUCUUUCUUACCUUUUUUACUAUUCCAUCAGUUCCAUCUCUAGUCAUUUUAUUUGCAUUGUAUUAUUUAUUUUGUUCUAUUAUAUUUGGCACCCGCAUAAUAGAAAUGUAUUGUACAGGAAAUAGACAUGUGUUAUAUAUUGUUUUUUUUAUAGACAUGUCUUAUAUGAUUUCUAUGAAUCAACGAUUUUAUACUUGUACUUAUUCAUCAAAACCAAUAUUUUAGAAAUGACAACAUUUUAAAAUUGAAUCUUCAAAUUGCAAAACAUAACGAGAAUUGCAAAAUCAAUUUGAUCUUCUUCUCACCCAUCCAUGCAAUUUGUUUCAUCGUUUCCACUGUGAGGAGAAAUUUGAUUAUUUGACAAAUUUAUUUUUACCAUUCGCAAGUCUAUUCCAUAUUUAUAUAGUAUGGUUCAAUAUUAAAAAUAUUAUGUGUACUAUUUUUAGGUUUUGAUAUUUGGAUAUAAAGAUUUUAUUUGGGUUUAAAAUUUAGUGAUUAAGGUUUAUGAUUUAAUGAUUAGGUUUUAAGAUUUAGUAUUAUAAGGUUGGAAUUGGGCUAUAUAGUUUAGUAUUUAUGGAGUGGGGAUGGGGUUGGAGUCCUAUAUUAUUUCAGUUAUAUGAAAUAGAAAACUCCAGAACUUUCAAAUCAUGUGUUUGUGCAUUUUUGAACUUACUAUCUGUAGUAAAUAGAAUACACUCUUUAUUGAAAAUAUCUUAUAAUUCUAUCUACUCAUUUUAGUUUACACUGUGAAUAAGUAUGUGGUAUAUAAGUUUGUGACAUAGACUUUUUAAUGUGAUGGGAUUACAAUAAUACUGAUCCACUCAUGUCUAUAGCAAAAACCAUCGAAAACUAGCACAAUUUAUUCACAGCAAAGGUGAUAUCUGGUCGCCCACUCUAUCUCUCUAUGACUGGAUAUUUUUUACUAGUAAAGAUAUAACCGGACCACAAAUGAGUUAAAUGUUAGUUUGUUAUAAUGACAAAAUCAAUGUUAUAUGCUUAAUUUCGUUUCAAAAUUUGGUUAGAUAGCAAAUUCUCCCUAAUCUUAAUAGAAUGUAAAUUUAUUUAUAAAAAAUAUUUGAGAAAUUUUCUUUUUCUCCACUGAGAUUGCUAAUUGCUUGCUCCUAUCACUCUUUAAAAUGGCAGCCAUCCACCUCUUUCGCUUGCAUCUUCCGGUUAAAACCCCACAUUCUCUCUUUCUCUCUCUGAUGGAAAAACCAGUGUCUGAAGCAUGGAGAUCCGACCCUGCCGUCCGACCGCCGGAUACCCCAUUAGAGCCUAUGGAGUUUCUCUCUCGCUCCUGGAGCGUCUCAGCUCUCAAGGCCUCUAAGGCUCUCGCUCAUUUGACGAUCUUAGGAGAUAGCACUGUCAAACUCAAAGAGAAAUCAAUCACAGGCGGAGAGACAUGGGAGAACAGUCUCAUCUCCGAGAACCCUUUCUCCUUCGCGUCCUCUGGAACUUCUCAGAGGGUCGUGGACCGUGUCUUAUCUCAGUCUCAAGAAGUGUCGCCACGAACAUCUGGUCAGCUUUCUCACAGCAGCGGUCCUCUCAACGGUUUCUUAACCGACAGUCCUCCAAUUUCACCGCCGGUAAUGGACGACAUUCAGAACUUCAACUCUCAGUUCCGUCCAAUGGCGAACACUCCGGGACCUAUCACGGCGAGAACCACACAGUCUAAGACGGUGGGUCGCUUGAUAAAAGACCGUAAAG